AUCUUGGUUAACUCCAUAAACGCCAGCCGUCCAGCAGUGCUAUACGAGAAGGUGACCGUAAGUGAAGGAGGAAGUCCCUUACUGAGAGACAUGCUGUUCAGCCCAGACCAGCAGUACAUCUACACUUUGACUGACAGACAGGUGGUGAGAGUUCCAGUAGAGAGCUGUGAGCAGUACACCACUUGCGGGGAGUGUUUGGGCUCCAGAGACCCUCACUGUGGAUGGUGUGUUCUUCACAAUGUAUGUUCACGUAAGGACCACUGUGAGCGGGCAGGAGAGCCUCAGAGGUUUGCCUCUGACCAGAGACAAUGUGUGGAGCUAACUGUUCAGCCGAGAAAUAUUUCUGUCACGAUGUCUGAAGUCCAGCUGGUCCUCCAAGCUCGCAAUGUGCCCGAUCUGUCAGCGGGGGUCAACUGCUCCUUUGAGGACUAUGUGGAGACAGAGGGACAGAUCCAGGGUGGACACAUCUUCUGCCUGUCUCCUUCUGCCCGGGACAUCGCCCCAAUCACUCGAAACAAAGGUGACAAGCGGGUGGUGAAACUUUACCUGAAGUCCAAGGAGACGGGCAAGAAGUUUGCCAGUGUCGACUUUGUCUUCUACAACUGCAGCGUCCAUCAGUCCUGUCUUUCUUGUGUAAAUGGCUCCUUCCCAUGCCACUGGUGCAAGUACCGCCACAUGUGCACCCAGAAUUGCCAACGACUGCUCUUUUCAGGAGGGCCGUGUCAACAACUCUGA